CGCACGCACACACUCACAGUCAAUCACUUCAAACCCAAACCCAAACCGAAACUCGAAAACCCAUCUCACAGUCUUCCGCUUCAGAUCUACCAUGACGCCGCCACUGAAGGCCGUGACGUUGACGCACGUGCGCUACCAGAAGGGCGACCGCGUAGGGCACUUCCUGGCGUGGAUUUCCCUCGUCCCCGUCUUCAUCUCCUUCGGCGGCUUCGUCUCCCACUUCCUCUUCCGCCGCGAGCUCCAAGGCAUGUUCUUCGCGCUCGGCCUCAUCUUGUCGCAGUUCAUCAACGAAGUAAUCAAGACCUCCGUCCAGCAGGCACGGCCCGCCACCUGCGCACUCCUGGAGAUGUGCGACUCACACGGCUGGCCCUCCAGCCACUGCCAGUACAUGUUCUUCUUCGCCACUUAUCUCACUCUUCUCUCCCUCAAAGGUCUCACCUUCUGGCACGUGCGCGACAACCCUUUCCUCCACCUCCUCACGUGGUCCCUCGCGCUCCUCACCAUGUACUCUCGCGUCUACCUCGGUUACCACACUGUUGCUCAGGUCCUCGCCGGAACCGUGCUGGGGGUUUUUCUCGGCGCGGUUUGGUUCUGGGUUGUUAACUCCGUUUUGCACCCUUACUUUCCUCUUAUCGAAGAGAGCGGGUUUGGGAGAAGGCUCUAUGUGAAGGACACUUCUCAUAUUAGUAAUGUGUUGGAGUUUGAGUAUGAUAUGGCCAGGGCUGAGAGACGGAACUUGGCGUGUAAUUCUAAGGCGGAUUGAUUGUUUGUCCAAGGCUAUAAGUUCACAUGCAAAACAAAGCACGUCAUAGACUAACAUACUACUGAACCAGUCAAAAUGAGAGCUUCAGAUAUUGUGAACUGAAGCUCAAGGUUAUUCGAUAUUUUGAUUGCUGCCAUUAGGAUUAGGACACCGAGACCCCCCUUACUGCAUAUUGUGGUAUUCCUCUCUGAAUCUCAUUCCAUCGAUGAUAGUUUGAGUAUGUUUCUUCUUUAUAUUUGUGAUAUGAAGUUUGUUAUAUACCUGUGGCAUUCUGAAGUAGGAUGGACAAAUUUCAUGGCCUGAAAAUAGGAAAUCUAAGUGGUGGCUCUCAAUUAUGUUUUGUUUGAUACAUGAUCCAAGAAUCAGAACAUAAUUAGAAACUUAGAACAGACUUGAUACCAGGUGACACAGAUGUGAUACCCAGUGGACACGGGGAUGCAACAAUUUUUUAAAAUUUUAAGAAGCAUGGCUAAAAUACAAUAUAUACUAGUAACAUGAAAAAUAAAUCUUAAAACGUGAGAGGGAAUUUAUUCGUUUUAAAAUUGACACAAGUUAUUGUAGACGGGAUAGAAUGCUAUAAAUGAUUUAAGUAUUGUGAUGUUCUCAUUUGUGUGUAUAAAAGUUUAAAAUUGAAUUUAAAAUAAACGUAAGAUACACUUGGCAGUACUCAAAUGCACUUUUAGUUCAGUUGAGGAGACUGGGGGAAUUAUAAUGCAAGGGACACAUUGUCUUGUUCACAAGGGAAAGGUCAUUGAAGGGAGGGGAAAUAAACGAGUUUACUACCAUGUACAUGGAAUAGUUAAAUAAUUAAGGGUAAUUUAGUUCAAUUAGCGUAAUACUUUCUAUCCCCUCCAAGUUCCCCAAUUCUGGAGAGAUGCUAAAAUUGAUCGGUGUGGGAUUUUAACCCUAUCCCUCCAUUUCCUUUCAAUCAAACACCAAGGAAACUUUAGUGAAGACCCUAUACGGGUACGAAAGUUGGU